AUGUUGGCUGCUCUUACUUGGGGUACUAUCUCCAUUUACCUGCGUGUAUACACUAAUUCUCAUGAGCAGAAAUUACCAAUUUUGCUUAGAGUCUGGUGGGUUUUCUAUUUAGUGGUUUCUUGCUACCGUCUUGUGGUAGACUUGGUUCUACACAAGAAGCAAGAACAGGUGUCACUUCACAUUGUAAUGUCUGAUUUGGUGGGGGUCUGCGCUGGCUUGUUUCUCUGUUGUUCGUGGUUGUGGAAGAAAGGAGAAGGUGGAGAAAGGACCAACCUUGUCGAAGAACCACUCUUGCGUAGUGCUCAAUCUAGUGAGAACGAAGGCUAUGAUGAGGCCACUACACCUCCUUUCUCAAAAGCUGGGUUUCUAAGCCUCAUGAGUUUCUCAUGGAUGAGUCCUUUGGUUACCUUAGGAAAUGAAAAAAUCAUAGACAGCAAAGAUGUUCCUCAAGUUGACAGUAGUGACAAAGCUGAGAACCUGUUUCGGAUAUUCAAGAGUAGGCUUGAAUGGGACGAUGGUAGAAGGAUCACCAUGUUCAAGCUUAUCAAGGCACUCUUCCUCACAACGUGGCGAGAUAUUGCUUUGUCAACUCUGUUUGCUUUUGUCUACACGUUAUCUUGCUAUGUUUCUCCGUACCUCAUGGAUAGUUUCGUUCAGUACCUGAACGGUCACAGACAAUAUAAAAACCAAGGGUAUGUUUUAGUGACAACUUUCUUUGUUGCUAAGCUUGUGGAGUGCCAGACACGGAGGCACUGGUUCUUCAGGGUGGCAAAAUGUGGGCUUGGGAUGAGAGCCGUCCUGGUUUCGAUGGUCUACGAAAAGGGCUUGACCCUUCCGUGCCAUUCGAAGCAAGGACAACACACCAGCGGCGAGAUUAUCAACCUCAUGGCAGUAGAUGCUGACAGAAUAAACUCUUUUACUUGGUAUAUGCAUGAUCCAUGGAUACUUGUAUUACAAGUUAGUUUGGCCUUGUGGAUCUUGUACAAAAGCCUCGGACUUGGAUCAGUUGUAGCUUUGCCUGCAACUGUUUUAGUUAUGCUUGCAAACUUCCCAUUUGCAAAGUUGGAAGAGAAGUUUCAGAGCAGUUUGAUGAAGUCCAAAGACAACAGGAUGAAGAAAACAUCGGAGGUGUUACUGAACAUGAGGAUUCUCAAGCUUCAGGGAUGGGAGAUGAAGUUCCUUUCUAAGAUUCUUGACCUCAGACAUAUUGAAGCAGGCUGGCUUAAGAAGUUUGUGUACAACGCAGCCGCUAUGAGCUCUGUUUUGUGGACUUCACCUUCUAUCAUAUCUGCAACAACUUUUGGCGCUUGUAUACUGCUCAAGAUUCCACUUGAAUCAGGGAAGAUACUUGCAGCCCUAGCAACUUUUCGGAUUCUGCAGAGCCCAAUCUACAAACUCCCGGAAACGAUCACGAUGUUUGUUCAGACGAAGGUAUCUCUUGCCAGGAUUUCAUCUUUUCUCUGCCUAGAUGAUCUACAGAAAGAUGUUGUGGAGAGGCUUACUAGUAGAAGCUCAGAAAUGGCUGUGGAAGUCAGCAAUGGUUCUUUCUCUUGGGAUGACUCUUCUCCAAUCCCAACAUUGAGAGACUUGAGUUUCAAAGUAUCUCAGGGGAUGAAUGUAGCUAUAUGUGGUACAGUUGGCUCUGGUAAGUCAAGCUUACUCUCAUCAAUACUUGGUGAAGUUCCUAAAAUAUCUGGAAAUGUUAAGGUUUGUGGAAGUAAAGCAUACAUUGAACAAUCUCCUUGGAUACAAAGCGGCAAAGUCGAAGAUAAUAUUCUGUUUGGUAAGCCAAUGGAAAGAGAAUGGUACGAGAGAGUCCUUGAAGCAUGUUCUUUGAAUAAGGACUUGGAGCUUCUUCCGUUCCAUGACCAGACGGUUAUUGGUGAAAGAGGUAUCAAUCUAAGUGGUGGACAGAAGCAACGUAUACAAAUCGCUCGUGCUCUCUACCAAAACGCAGAUAUUUAUCUGUUUGAUGACCCUUUUAGUGCUGUAGAUGCUCAUACUGGAUCACAUCUCUUCAAGGAAGUGCUGUUGGGGAUUCUGAGAGACAAGACAGUCAUAUACGUCACUCAUCAAGUUGAAUUUCUGCCUGAAGCUGAUCUUAUACUGGUUAUGAAAGAUGGAAAGAUCACACAAGCAGGGAAAUACAAUGACAUUCUUGAUUCAGGAACAGAUUUCAUGGAACUUGUAGGAGCUCACACUGAUGCCUUAGCAAAUGUUGAUUCAUAUGAAAAAACAGGCAGUGCUUCGUCCGCAAAACCAACAACGAAUCAAGAAAAAGAAGUAGCCAAUGAUGAAGACAAGCCAGAGAAAGAUUCAGUUAAGCCAAGAGGACAGCUAGUUCAAGAAGAGGAAAGAGAGAAGGGAAAAGUUGGGUUCACUGUGUACCAAAAGUACAUGGCACUAGCGUACGGAGGAGCAGUGAUUCCUUUGAUAUUGCUUGUACAGAUUCUGUUUCAGGUCCUAAGCAUUGGGAGCAACUACUGGAUGACUUGGGUGACUCCUGUUUCCAAAGAUAUAGAGCCUCCAGUGAGCGGCUUUACGUUGAUUCUAGUCUAUGUAGCUCUUGCCAUCGCUAGCUCCUUGUGCAUACUCAUCAGAGCAGUGCUGGUUGCGAUGACUGGUUUGAAGAUGGCUACUGAACUCUUCACGCAAAUGCAUCUCCGCAUUUUCCGUGCUUCCAUGUCAUUCUUUGAUGCCACACCAAUGGGGAGAAUCUUGAACAGAGCUUCUACAGACCAAAGUGUUGCCGAUUUGAGAUUACCGGGCCAAUUUGCAUAUGUUGCUAUUGCUUCUAUCAACAUUUUGGGGAUUAUAGGAGUGAUGGUACAGGUUGCUUGGCAAGUCCUUUUCAUCUUCAUCCCUGUGGUCGCUGCAUGUGCCUGGUACCGGCAAUAUUACAUAUCUGCGGCUAGAGAGCUCGCCAGAUUAGCUGGAAUAAGCAGAUCGCCUUUGGUACAUCAUUUCUCUGAAACGCUUUCAGGGAUAACAACUAUCAGAAGCUUUGAUCAAGAACCAAGAUUCCGCGGCGACAUCAUGAGACUGAGCGAUUGUCUCUCUCGGCUGAGGUUCCAUUCCGUUGGUGCAAUGGAAUGGCUCUGCUUCCGCAUGGAACUGUUAUCCACUAUGGCUUUUGCUAUUUCACUUGUUAUCUUAGUUUCUGCUCCUGAAGGAGUCAUUAAUCCAAGCUUUGCAGGAUUGGCUGUUACAUAUGCACUCAAUCUAAAUAGCUUGCAGUCAACGUUAAUAUGGACACUUUGCGAUCUUGAGAACAAAAUGAUAUCUGUGGAGAGAAUGCUUCAAUACACAAACAUCCCCAGUGAACCACCUCUCGUGAUUGAGUCAACUCGGCCUGAGAAAUCUUGGCCUUGUCGUGGAGAGAUCACUAUUUGUAAUCUGCAGGUGCGGUAUGGGCCACAUUUGCCUAUGGUGCUGCAUGGAUUGACAUGCACGUUUCCUGGUGGCCUGAAAACCGGAAUCGUUGGAAGAACAGGAUGUGGCAAAUCCACUCUAAUUCAAACCCUUUUCCGGAUUGUGGAACCUACAGCCGGAGAAAUCAGGAUAGAUGGAGUGAAUAUAUUGACCAUUGGGCUGCAUGACUUGCGCUCCAAGCUAAGUAUCAUACCUCAAGAUCCAACCAUGUUCGAAGGCACGGUUCGGAGUAACUUAGAUCCUCUUGAGGAAUACACUGAUAACCAAAUCUGGGAGGCACUUGACAAGUGUCAACUCGGGGAUGAAGUAAGGAAGAAAGAACUGAAGCUAGAUUCCACUGUUAGUGAGAAUGGACAGAACUGGAGUGUUGGUCAGAGACAAUUGGUGUGUCUGGGACGAGUCUUGCUCAAGAGAAGCAAAGUAUUGGUUCUUGAUGAAGCCACUGCUUCUAUCGAUACCGCUACUGAUAAUCUGAUACAGGAGACAUUGAGACAACAUUUCUCGGAUUGUACAGUGAUAACGAUUGCACACAGAAUAUCCUCUGUUAUAGACAGCGAUAUGGUCCUGCUCCUAGACCAAGGGCUUAUCAAAGAACAUGAUUCACCGGCGAGAUUGCUUGAAGACAAGUCCUCAUCUUUCUCAAAGCUUGUGGCAGAGUACACAUCUAGAUCGGAUUCCAAAUCCAAAAGAAGCUGUUAG